AUCAGCUGUGUCCAAUCACAGCUGAUCACUCAGAUCAUCAGGGCACUCAGUGUGCUCUGAUGAUCAGUGUGGCCCCAGAAGUGACACCUGUCAGUGCUCAUCAGUGCCAGUGCCACAUAUCAUUGCACAUCAAUGCCACAUAUCAGUGCCCCUCUGAGCUGCCUUUCAAUGUCACCCAUCAGUGCCAGUUAGUGCCACCUAUCAGUGCUGCCAAUCAGUGUCUCCUAUCAGUGCCAGUCAGUGCCGCCUAUCAAUGCCAUAUAUCGAUGCUGCCU